UUUUUUUUAUAUGUGUGUGUUCCUUCUUUUUCCCUUCCGGCUUAGAGGGAACAUGUUCUGCCCGGUGGAUGACUGUUCAACAGACAUGAUGAAUUGAUAAUAAUUGAUAAUGUUCCCCCUGGAACUGAUUGGUGGACUCAGAGAUCUUGAGAUGAGGUUGGAGUGGUGUUUACGUGGUGGUAAACCGGGCCACUGGUCGUGACAAUAGGCCACAGUGGCAUGAGCUGUGAGGGCCAAACCACACUAUUUGCAGGAGACGAAACUCACAUCACAGAAACAGUGUCAUGCCCUAGGUCAGUAACAAGAUGGUGCCUGUGCUUGGCUUAGCCGCGAUCACCUGCCACUUUUUCAAACUUUUCUCCACUAACCUCCUCUUUUCCACCUUGCUCCUGUCUGCGAUCCACUUCCGUAGUGUCCCUGCUACCUUCUCCUAUGAUCGCCAGACUCUUUCGUCCAUCUGUUUGUUCCCAAUCGCCCAAGAUGCACCGAAGAUUUACCUCCCUGUUUGUUUACGUGAGCGGCGAGCUGGCCCGGAGCCAAAUGAUGAUUCCUGCCAAGACGCCUCCAGCGAUGCUUAUCCGUUCCCGGGAAAACGUAUGAGGAAAAGAGGUAAACGAGCAGGAAUCCAGGUGAGAAUAAGACUUGUCUUAAAGCAUGGUUUGACUAGUAAACAUCAGCACGAUCUUCUAGCUUCUAGUCCUUUGUUUGGCGACCUGAGCACCACUUCCGCAUUUCCACCAGGCCGCGUUGCAUCGCGGUUUCUCCGCCCAAGUUUUUUAAGGUCUGUUUAUCCUCAUUCUACAGUGGUUUCUCCUCCUGUUCCCUCCAUGAGUACUUUUUAUAAACACCGUAGAUCUAACCCUUUUAAUCUACAUCCACUAACUCCAGCUACUUUUGUAGUUUCUGAUUCCUCCACCUCACUCAGCAUCGCUCUAUUAAAUACCCGCUCUGUUAAUAAGUCAUUCCUGCUUAAUGAUCUAAUUCUCUCUAAAAACCUAAAUUUUCUGUUUCUGACUGAAGUUUGGCAGCAAACAUCUGAUUAUUUUGGUCUGAUUGAACUCUACCUAAGUGGUUAUUCUUUUCUUACCCAGCCCUGAGGUUCUGGUCAUGGUGGAGGCCUAGUUGUUGUUUUCAGAGACCAUCUUCAAUGUAGCUCUACAACCUCUGGUCACUUUGCUUCCUUUAAACAGCAGCUGAUUAAAGCUGGGCGUAAGGACCCGUUUUACUGUGCUGUGGUUUAUUGUCCACCUGGUCCAAACAGUUCUUUCCUUCAGGAGUUUAGUGACUUUCUAUCCUCCACUGUGAAGCUGUCCAGACUGGUGAUUGUUGGUGACUUUAACAUCCAAGUUGAUGAUCCCUCAGACCACUUUGUCAUGGAUUUCUCCAGCCUUAUGGACUCCUUCAGUUUUACCCAGCAUGUUUCUGACCCCACACACACCAGGGGACACACUCUAUACCUUGUUUUUACCCGGAGUUUAAAUGCUGACAGUGUUUGCCAUGAGGACGUUUAUAUUUCUGAUCAACAUUGCAUUUUCUUUAACUUGUCAGUUUCUGCGUCCCCACCUCUUGCUCACUGUAUGGUUAGUUCUUGUUUUCUUAAUGAGAGCACAGCUAGCAAAUUUUCUGCUGCUUUUGAUCCACCGUGUUCUUCUGAUAACGACCCAGAUUCCUUAACCAAUCAACCAAUCAACCAAUCAACCAAUCAAUCAAUCAAUCAAUCAAAGCUUUAUUUAUAAAGCGCCUUCCGCAACCCUGUCAGGAAGCCCAAAGCGCUGAACAUGGUUCAGUUGAAGGUCUUAAAGGCUGGCAGAGAUGGGGACAGCCUAACUGAGGGUGGCAACUGGUUCCAGAGUGACGGUGCUAGGACUGGGAAAGCCCGGUCCCCGCGAGUACGACACCUAGAACGAGGGACAGCGAGCAGGCCUUGGUCAGAGGAGCUCAGAGCGCGUGAUGGGGAGUGUCUGUUCAGGAGUGUGGCUAGAUGGGGGGACCACCACCCUGGAAGAAAUGAUAAACAAAGACGAGGAUUUUGAAUUGUGAGCGAUAGCAAACCGGAAGCCAGUGCAGGGAGGCCAAAACCGGACUGAUGUGGUCCCGUUUCUUUGUCCCAGCCAGGAACCUGGCUGCGCUGUUCUGCACAACCUGUAGGCGACGCAGUGAUGAUUGACACAACCCUGCAUAGAGAGAGUUGCAGUAGUCAAGCCCAGAAAUUACAAAGGCAUGCAGUACCUGCUCCAGGUGGGCUCUCGACAGCAUAUGCUUGAUUUUUGCAAGGCGUCUCAGGUGAAAGAAACUGGACCGGAUCACAGAAUUGAUGUGAGCAUCAAAUUUAAGUCCAGCAUCAAGUUUCACCCCCAAACUUGUAACAACUGGUUUUGAGUAGGGAGAAAGAGGGCCAAGAUCAACAUAACGAUCCACAUUCCUGCUGUUGGGGUGAAAAACAAUGAGCUCUGUCUUUCUGUCAUUCAGAUUUAGAACGUUGGCCAUUAGCCAAGACUUCACCUCGUUAAGACAGGACAAAAAGGACUGGAUAGAGUGACCUUUCUCCUGACACAAUGGAGAGUAAAUCUGAAAAUCGUCAGCAUAGAGAUGGAAUGAUAGGCCAUGUUUACGAAAGAUUGACCCCAGAGGUAGCAGAUAAAAGGCAAACAAAAGAGGACCAAGGAUCGAUCCCUGCGGGACCCCCCAGCAGAGCCCCUCCCAAGAUGAAAAAAUCACCCAGUUUAACGCAGAAUGUCCUGUUGUGGAGAUACGAUCUAAACCAGUCCAGAGCAGACCCCUUGAUCCCAACCCAUCGUUCCAAGCGAUCGAGUAGAAUCGCGUGGUCAACUGUGUCGAAGGCUGCUGUCAGGUCUAACAACAGAAGCACCACAGAUGUACCCUGAUCUAGUGAUAUAUAGAUGUCAUUUAGGACCCUCAGUAGAGCUGACUCUGUGCUAUGGCCAGACCUGAACCCUGAUUGAAAAACCUCGAACAGAUCAGAGUCAGCUAAAUGUGAGACCAGCUGCUGAUAAACGACUUUCUCAAGCAGUUUUGAUGUAAAAGGCAGGGUAGAUAGGCCUGUAAUUUGCGAUCACAGAGACAUCAGCACCAGGUUUCUUCAGGGUCGGUCGAAUAACUGCUGCUUUCAAAGCAGCUGGGACAACACCUGUGCUGAGGCUCCCAUUGAUAAUCUGACCAAGUGAUGGGCCAAGACACGGAAAGGCAGCCUUCCAGAGACGAGGUGGCAGAACGUCAAGUGGAGAGCCAGAUGGCUUCUGCCUCACAACAAGCUUACUCAGCUCAGAGUAUGAAACAGUAUUGAGGGAGCUCAGGGUGGGUGGUGAUGGAGGAACUGGAACAGGGUCAAUAGAGUUACCAGAAAUAGCUGCUUUAAUGCCUGAUCCUUUAUGAACAAAGUAUCUGUGAAGUAACUUCUCAGUUUAAUGAGCACUGCCUCUCCAUUCUGGACAACAUCUGUUCGGUCAGGGAACCCUACUCCCUGGUUUAAUGACAGCAUUCGCAGCCUGAAGCGCCAAUGCAGAAAAAUUGAGCGCUUGCAAAAGAAACCCCGUCUUGUUAAAACACAAAUAACAUUUCUUUCUGCUUUCCGGGUUCAUUUUUCAUGCUUUGUUGCUCAUAGAAGUUACAUUUAACUUCAGGAUUGAAUAACUGCUGGUAAAAUGAUACUCUGCUGCAAUUUUGUCCAAAAUGUUACUAUAAGGUUAGAGGUUUAUCCAAUUUCUCUCACUUUUGUUGAGCUGCGCUCAGAUCAGCAGAUCCGCAGCGGUCUGUCCAACCUGCUCAAGUAUCACAGACCCAGAUAGAGGGAGUGUACUUACUAAAUUCCACAAUAACAUCCACUGUCUUCUAGGCAUUUAGCACCAGGUUAUUGUGGCUGUACCAGGACACUAGCCAUUUGACCUCCAUUCUGUUGGCAGACUCAUCCCCAUCCGAGAUGAUUCAGAUGAUGGUGGUGUAAUCUGCACUUGGUUAGCUUGACAUACUGGAGGUUAGAAGUGCAGCCAUUGGUCUAUAGGGAGAAGAGUAGAGUGGGGGAGAAAACAACCCUGAGGGGAACCGGUACUGAUGGUCCGCAGGUCCGAGACAUUUGCCUCCAACCUAACUUGCUGCUUCCUUUCUGUCAGGAAGUCAGUGACCCACCUUCAGGUGGGGCCAGACAUGUUCAUCUGGGACAAUUUGUCUUGAAGGUGGUCUAGGAAAAUUUUAUUGACGGCAGAGCUGAAGUCCACAAACAGGAUCCUGGCGUAGGUACCCAGGGAGUCCAGAUGCUGCAUGAUGAAGUGUAGUUUAGGGAUGCAUCUAUCCACAUUUUUUUCACUUCCGAUCCGAUUCCGAUACCUGAGUUUUGAUUCCUACCGAUGCCGAUAUUAUUUCGAUACUAGAGGAAUAUUUGUUUUAAUGUCAUUAUGAUUAUUAUUAUGGUUGAUUUUAUAAGGCUAUAAUAAACUAUUUUCUACAAGAAUAAUAUGUAAUUGUGAGAAAGCUCUACAAGUAAGAGCCCAGCACCAUGUCCCAAAAGAUAAGUUGAGAUAAGUGAGGUCAGAAAACAACAAAAUGUCUAUUUAAAAAAAAAAGCAACUGUAAUGUUUCAAAUUGAAAUGUAUUCAUUUUCAAGGCAGGGUUACUGGAUACAAGUGCAAUAUGCACAAUCAAAGAAACAACCCCUUUCAUUUGAACUAAACAGCCCAGAUCCAAAUAAUCACACUAGGCAGUAACACAUUUUUAAAGUGUCAAACAUGAAAUGAAAUGGGUAAACUUCCAUAAAACUACUCCAAAUAAAAUAGAGGGCUGCUUCAUCUAAUCCCCACAAAUUAAGUUCACUGUCUUUUGUAGCAUCAAAAAGUAGUUUUCAAGUAUAAAAUCACACUAUCAAAAAUGUGCAUCUGAAACAAAUUCAGUAAGUCCUUGCUCAUGUAGCAGUAAAAAAAUAAAAAUUUCAAAUGUUAAAUAUUUUGAAUUAAAGAAAAGUACAAUAAGUGCACUGUAAACACACAGCAACAGUGUGCAUCUGAAAAGUACGAUUCAAGCAUUGGAGAUUUUGCAUUGAAGAUGACCUGGAUAAAGUAAACAGUCUGUCAAGAGUCUGGAGCUAUUCUUGAAAACAAAACAAAAAGUAAAUGCGUGAGGUACUUACACGUUGUUCAUCUAAUCUCACUUAAUCAAUGACAGGUUAUUUUUGAUGAAUAUAAGCAUUUCUGCUCUUUCUGCUGUCAGAUGAUUCCUUUCUUCAUCCACAAUACUGGAUGCUGUACUAAACAGUCUUUCACUUUCAACACUCAUUGAAGGAGCACUCAGGAACUUUAAUGCAACAGCAGCAAGGAGAGGAAAGCGGGCAUGGUUGUCUGCCCAGCACUGGAAAGGGCUGUCUAGCUCACCCAUUGUUGGUUCUUUCAAGUACAUUUGCAUCUGGAUAACUGCUGCCUAGGUACCUUGUGCAGGUUCAUCAUGUUCCUCUAGAAUUUUGUCAUCUCUCUGUGCCUUCGGGGCAUAGACUGUGCCUCCCAGCCCGGGAUGUCUUAUAUAGACAUUUCACAAGACAUAAUUCUGGAUCGGAAAUUUGUGCAGGUUGGGUCGGAAUUUUCCGAUCCGUGAUUUAAGACCAUAUCGGAGCCCGAUUCCGAUACUGGAUUGGAUCUGCCCCAACCCUAGUGUAGUCCCAGGUUAAUGGUAUAAUCUACAGACCUGUUCGCUCUGUACACAAAAUAAAGAGAGUCCAGGAGGGGGGCUGUGAGGGUCUUGAGGUGGGGGAGAACCAGGAACUCAAAUGGCUUCAUGACCACAGAUGUCAGGGCCAAAGGUCUGUAGUGAUUGAAUCAAGUGAUCCUUGGCUUCUCUGGGAUGGAGAUUAUUGUGGACUUCUAGAAGCAGGCAGGCACAUGAGAUUCCUCCAGUGAGGAGUUGAAAUUGCCCGUAAACACUGGGGCCAGCUCAUCUGCACAGUACUUUAGAGUGACAGGAGAUACACAAUCAGAGUCAGGAGCUUUCUGUGCAUUUAGAGUCUUGAAUUGCUUCCUAACAUCCGCCUCAUGGUGGAGGUGUGUGAUGUGGGGUCCUCAUGAAUGUGGAAUUAGGAGAAGGGUGCUGUGGAUAAAGUCCACAGUGAUGGUGAUGGCUCUGGAGUGGGGGGAUGAAGGACCAUAGUGUCUCUAUUGUUGGGACUAUAGGAGGUGUCAGAGCUGUUUGAAGGCUCAUCGAAAUGACAAUAGCAGUUGUUUGAGUUGUUGACCAAAAGCAGAUUUAACUGUGUGUCAACUCCACCUGAAUUACUUUGUAUACUUUGUAUAGACCGUUUUGAUACAAUGUGUCUGAUGAUUUUUUACGAUACACUUGCCUUAUGUUUUCUGACCUUGAUGAUCCAACCCACUACUGGCUUACAUUAUUACUCAAUGGUGGAUCUGCUGCGAUCAUCAAGGAUCCCGGCUAGGCUUUUAACAGGAUUUCCGAGCAUCAGUACCCUCCUAUUGGUCCCCUUCUUGACCCACCACUGCGACAACCUGAGAGAAUUGGCAACUCAAGCAUGUUAGCCAGCUUAGCUAAGGUGGCUAGCACACCGGUUAAUUGGGUAAGAGUAAUUUCUUUCAGGAUCUUGUCACAGAUCAUAAGCUUGACAUUAUGUCUCUGAAUGAGACAUGGCAAACAACCGCAGGACUUCACGCAGCUUAAUGAAGCAGUGCCACCAAGGUUUGUUUACAAGGCUAAACCUCAUAGCUCAGGCUGCGGAGGAGGUCUCACGAUACUCUACCAUGAAAGUUGUCCCACAGACUGUUUCUCAAUAUGGUUCGUUGGAAUCAAUUGUCUGUCAAAUAUCUGGUUUAAUUCCUACAAUUUUUGCAUCUGUUUAUUGUCCUAAACCAAAGAUUUUCUGAAUCAUUUUUUAGCUUUUCUUGGACAUUUGACUUCCUUAUCUCAGAAUAUCAUUAUGCUAGUAGAUUUUGAUAUAUGCCUGGAUUACAGUAAAUUCUGACUACCAGUACCUUUGUUUCAUUCUUGGAUAAUUUUGGUUUUCAGUAAUAAGUGGAUUUUCCAACACAUAUCAAAGUGGACUCACUCCUACUGACUACCGCUGACAAAUUUUCUUCUUCAAAUAAUUUUCUUCUUACAUUCAAGUUGUCUCUCACCCUCAUAGCCUGUUUGCUCCAUCAUCUUUUGGAAUCUUAAAAACCUCAAUAUGGACAAUUUUCUUUUCUGUAUGAAUGAUUUUGCGGAUAUGCUACAAUUUCUCUCCCCACCUGACCAGGUUUCCUUCUCCAUCGAUAACCUUCUUGAGAUUUUAAACUCAGUUCUAUGUUUGAACUCCCAUCUAUCUUGGAACUCAUUAAUCAUUUCAAUUUUAAAGUCUUUGGUAUGACCCGACCGGGAUUUGAACACCGUUCUCCCAGUCCCAGGGGAGACACUCUACCACAAGGCCACUGAGCUGGUAAUAUAAGCUACUUGAUCCCUCUAGGGUACAUCUUUACAAAAUUUAACAUAAACUUUCAUUGUUAUCCUGUUGACUCUCAAUUAUAUGUUUCCACCACUCGGUCCUUGUUUCUUCCACCUCUGUCACUCAUUGACUGCAUAUCCGACAUUAGGUCUUGGUUUUCUUUAAACUUCCUUAAGCUGAACUCCAAUUAAACUCAAGUUCUUCUCAUGGGUACAAGAUCUGCAUUGGGGAAGGCUGGAACAUUCUCAAUGGCUAUUGCGAACGCUGUAGUUGCCUAUUUGGACCACAUAAAAUACCUUGGUGUUAUUUUAGACCGUUUCCUUUCCUACCAUUCAAAUAUCAAUGCAGUUACCCCUUCAGUCUAAUGUCUCCUUUGAAAUAUUAAUCAACUGCAUCCGUCACUCUCUAAUCACGCGACUGCCAUCUUAUUAAAUAGUCUUGUCACUUCUCGCUACUACUUUAAUUCCCUCCUGUUUGGUUUGCCACAGAAGUCCUUGCACAAACUUUAACUGGUUCAAAGCUCUGCAGCUCGUAUCAUUACUAGAACAGCCAUCUCUAAUCACAUUACCAAUGUUAUCCAGCAGCUUCAUUGGCUGCUGAUAAAGUUUCGGAUCAUUUACAAAUUACUACUUCUCACAUACAAACUUGCCCCUAUUUAUCUUUCUCAGCUCCUAAAAAUAUCUACACCCUCCCGUAUGUCCAGAUCCUCAGCCUUUAUCAACCUAUAAAACCCCUCUGCCUGACUUGUUAUCAUGGGAAGUAUAUCAUUAAAAAGAUCUGCACCUUCCCUGUGGAAUUUUUUUUACUCAUGGAACUUAAUAAAAAGUAAAGGUAGACAGAGUUCUGGAAUGAUUUCUUCUUGUCUAAUUUUUACAUAUGGCUGCAUGGUGGUGCAGUUAUUGUAGCAGUGUUGCCUUGCAGCAAGAAGGUUGCAGGUUUCAAACUCAGCUGCGACCUUUUUGCGUGGAAUUACGUGUUCUCCCCAUGCAUGUGUGGGUUUCUUCCAGGUACUUUGAUUUCUUCUACAGGUUUAAAAUUGUACGCAUUAACUCCAGUGGUAACAUGACACAAGUCACCUAGGUCGUGCAGCUCAACCAGGAUGGCAGAUCAGUGUGAACUGUGGCAAGAAGGUUUGCUGUGUCUGUCAGUGUAGUGUCCAGAGCAUGGGGGCACUACCAGAAGACAGACCAGUACACCAGAAGACGUGAAGGAGGCCAUCCAUCAAUGCACCAUCCACCACUGCUACGUUGCACCAAAGACUGUCCAGGAGUUGGCAGGUGCUUAAUCUAGGUCUAGGAGGAGAUCCCUCAUCAGACCAUCCACCACCUGAUCAGGAGUUUGCCAAGGCAUUGUAGGGAGAUCAUAUAUUUACGUGGAGGCCACAUAGAGUACUGAGUCUCAUUCUGAUUUAUUUUAAGGACAUUACAUCAAAGUUAGAUCAGCCUGUAGUGUUUCUCCAUUUUAAUUGUAAGUGUGACUCCAAAUCCAGACCUCCACGGGUUGAUAAAUUUGAUUUCUAUUGAUAAUUUUUUGUGAUUUUGUUGUGAGCACAUUUAACUAUAAAAAGGAAGAAUUAUUUAAUAAGAAAAUUUCAUUCAUUCAGAUGUAGGAUGUCUUAUCUUUUGUGUUCCCUUCAUUUGUUGAGCAUAUAUAUAUAUAUAUACUCCAUAUAUGUUGGUGGUGCCCGUGGUCAUCAGGACACUUGGAGAAGUUACCUCCCAAAGUGGAGGAGUGGCUAAAGCAGAUCCAUCCUUUAUUUGAACCUGCUUAUCUAUGCAGGGUCGCAGGGGUGGCUGAAGCAGAUUCCAGAAAAAAAACAUCUGACAUCUCAGUCCAGAAAAGUGCACUUCUAAGAACAGCUAAAUACUGCACAGAACCCUCAAGCUGCCAGGCCUCUGGUAUAGGGCCUGAGCUUGGAAGGAUGAGACCACCCCUGUGGGUGAAAAGUUUUUUUUUAACAUAUAUCCUCUCCAUUUUUAUUUAUUUUUUGGGGGGAAGGGGGGGUACACUACUUAAUUUUGCACCAAUUCUCAACAAAUUCUUAUGUCAAAUCCUUUUAAUUAUCAAUAAAAGAAAAUCAGCUUUUCUAGGAAAAAGAUCGGCAGGUUGACCUUUGAUCCUUUCCACAUGACUCAUUCCAGCCAAUGAACGUUGCUUCUCUUCAUCUUCUCCGAAAGCUUCCAAAUUAGGACUGGGGGACUUUUAGCAAGCGAGUGAUGCAUGCAGGUAAAACCCUCUCGUCGCUAUCUGUUAUUAAGAAAUGUUUGUUAAGUUUUUUGGUCUGUUUGUCUAAAGCUGUAACUUGCUAAUUCAGUAUAGUUGUUGUGUUGAAGCUAGCUUUGUGAACAGCUGUGCUGUAGCUUACAGUUAACAAGGUAAUGAGCUAAACAGCUUGGUUGUCGAACUUAUUUUCUCAGUUAAAAUGAGCUAAUUAAACGUUCAAAAGUGUGUGGCAUGCGACAUGUUCAGCUUAUGAAGUCAACAGGUGAGGUUGAUAAAUGGUUUCUUUGAAGAGUCAAUAUUUGCCGGGCCUGUCUCGUCACGUCCCCUAACUCACCGUAGUCAGUGAGAGAGGAGGACAGUCACGCUAAUUGUUCCUAUCGGUGCACUUGACACACUGGAACUGCAGGCGAAACUGCCUCCCUUGGCUGUCCCAGGGGCUGACUUGAGCCUGUCUGUUUCAGCCUGAGAUAUUGGAGGUGGUGUGUGAAGAGGGUCAGAUGCGUGUCUCAUGCUGCCCUGACUGACACUGACAAUAGUAUAAGAUUUAAUGAUUUAAACAGUUAAUAAUCAUGGAUGUUGUUUUAUCAAUUAACUACAAGGACCUAAGUCAUUUAUUUUGUGUAUGGAAACAUGCAAUGAUUAAUAAAAUGAUCUUUAAUUUAUUAGAAAAGUUGGUAGGAUGCUUAAAUUAGUGAUUAAUUUUAGUCCUGGACAGCCACCGUCCCGCAGAUUUUCUGAGGUUAUUCUUUAACACCUGAUUUUGAUCUGCAUGUGAUUAGCAGGCUUUUGCUGAUCUUGAUUACCUGCUGCACAGGUGAUUCAGUCAUUGAAUCAGAUGUGUUUGGGCAGAGAAACAAGUUAAAGAUGCAGGAUAGUGGCCCUCAAGGAUUAGAGUUGGGCACACCUAGCUUAAAUUGGUGAAGAUUAUUAAUCAAGUACCUGUAUAAGUUUUAGAUUUCCUGUGAAAACCCACAAUUUUUUGUCUUUUUAGAUGCAUGAUGGCAAAGCGACCAAAAAGAGUGAAAAUGAAGCCAAAAGAUGAGGCAGUGCAGUUUUUGGCUUUGGGUAAGGACAAGGAUGGAUUUGAUGUGAAAUUCAUCAACUCUUUCAAAGGGCGAGGAGUGUUCAGUACAUGCCACUUUGAGAAAGGAUCAUUUCUUGUAGAAUAUCGAGGCGAAGUCAUAAACAAACUGGAAUAUGAAGACAGGUUAAGGAUUUAUCAUGAUGCAAUGAAGGUCUUCAUGUUUGAGUUUCGUCAUAAUGGAAAACUUAUGUGUGUUGAUGCCUCAAGGGAGGAUGAUUCAUUAGGAAGACUAGUUAAUGAUGAUCAUGACAUUAAACCAGGGGAGGAGAUAACCUAUGAUUACGGAAAUUCUGACUGGCCCUGGAGAUUAAAGGUUACAAGUCUCACCGAUGCAGCGAAAGCCGAUGAACCACUGGCAUCAAAACAAGACAUCCAGGUUACAAGUCUCUACGAUGCAGCAAAUGCAGAUGAACCUCUGGCAACUCUGUCCUCAAAACAAGACACCCAGGUUACAAGUCUCUACGAUGCAGCAAAUGCAGAUGAACCUCUGGCAACUCUGUCAUCAAAACAAGACACCCAGGUAAGUAGUUUUCUGCCUUUGUAAUCUUUCUACAUGUUUCUUAAAAAUUUUUAUUUGGAUUUAUACGUUGGGGCAGUCGACACAGUCCCUGUAAUGUGUGAUCUUUUCAGAUGAGAACAUUCUGAGGACUGUGUGUAUAACUAACAAAAUGGGGAGAGCAUGUGUUCUCGCAUCCAGUUUUUACACAGUCCUCACAAUUCAAAAUGUCUUGUUGGGUAUU